AUGGGUAAAGCUCAAGCUAUAUAUCAUUUUGAGAAUAUUUCCAUUUACGAUACUGAUAUAAACAUAAUAAAGAAUAAUGAGUGGGUUAGCGCUCGGCUUGUUCACCUUGCUGGAAGGAAAAUCGAAUUGGAAAAUCUUACCAAAACCGAUGACCAACAUAAAAACAUAAUGUUUUACCCACCAAAUACAUUGCUAGGCCUUAGAUUUUUCCCUGAGCCAUUUGUUCAUCCAAUUGUAGAGAAUUUUAAUGUUUUUGAAGCAAGAUAUGUAUUCCUUCCUUUUCAUAACGGUACAUCAGGGUCUGAUUCAGGAUCACAUUGGUGUUUAUUAGUAUGGGAUACUCAUUACUCUCCAAAUGAGGUUAGCCAGUUCUAUUAUUUCGAUUCUAUGGCAAGUUCUACAUAUAAUUUGGCGAAAAAGGAAUGCGCACUGAUCUGCAAAUACUAUGGCGUUCGUGAAUUUGAAUUUCUCGAAAAACCAUCUCCACAGCAACAAAAUGUAUAUGAUUGCGGCAUGUUUAUGAUAGCUAACAUUGAAUACCUAGCUAAGAACAUGGAUUUCGACAACCUUUGUUCAAAUGUUUCCCAAAAUUCUGUUUCACAAUUACGAAAAGAUUUUGUAUCAAAGUUUGUAACAUAA